CACUACUGAAAUGGCUAACCGAACAAACUCCUCUGAGUACUUUUGGUCGUAUGAAUAUUAUUGGGAUUAUAUAGAUCCAAUUCCAGUAGAUGGAAGCAAGUUGAAGGUUAAUAAAUAUUCUAUUGUCAUAGCCUUUUGGGUUGGGCUUGCUGCGUUUGUGACGUUUCUUUUCCUUAUUUUACUGUAUAUGUCCCGCUCUGGAUCAACUCCAGUAAAACAAGUGACUGUAGGGAACCAGAUAGAAGAAAGCAGUUCCAGUAGUGAACAGCCUCACUGCGAUGAUCUCAGUAGCCCGUACUCAGAUGUGGUUGCUUCUCAAUCACCUACCUCCCUCUCAGAUGAAACUGGUAUUCAUGGAAGGAUCUGAGCUGGAGUUAAAACUGGAACAGGUUAACAAAAACAGCAAUACGGUUCUGACUGCAGAGAAGAGCUCCGUGCUGUGACUGCCUAUUAAAUGCUGAUACCACAAACCUGAAUUAGUUCAGGAGAAGAAGGAAAAGAAAAAUUUCUUUCAACAAAGGACAAACUUGAAAAUCCUGGAUGCAUUAAGAGGAAGCCCUCACAGCCAUAUCUGAGCAACGUUGCUGGAGUUGCCUGAUCAGCAUUUGAGAUCAACAUUUUAGAUCCUGAUGAUGAUGAUGACUGUAAAAUUUCUCUGUCUUUAAAGUAAGGAUUCCGACUCAAACUCCUCUCCCAGUUAUGUGGUGCAAAGUGUGUGCUGCCGAUUGAGUGGUUCUCAUUAAGACCCAUUUGGCUGAGACCAGAUUUAUGGCUCCAGCAGGAAGUCUAUACCAGUUACACCCCAAGUCCUGUAAAGAGUUCACCUGAAUGCACACUGUGUCCUGUUAUCCUCAGGGGUGUCUCUGCAGCAUCAGUUUUCACUGUGUUGUCUUGCUGUGAAAGCAAGCAGCAUCCCAUUGAUCUUACUGAGCAGGCAGCAUAACCAACAUUGUUUAUGUAUCAUGAGAGCCACGAGUCAUCUAUUUCUUAUUUCUGGCUCUGUCCUCAGGUCACACUCAUCAGUUGCAUCUCAGUGACACUUCAGCUUGGUCAUCCUCUGAAAAAUGAGCAACAAUGUCAAGUGCAACAUCGACAAUAAAACUUUGCUUUUAGAAGGGUUACAACUUGCUUCACUGACUUGAAGCUCAGCAGUUGCCUCAAGAGUUGAGUAUGUCUAUUAUUUAUUUUUUUAUUGCAAAAAAUAUUUGGGUUACUUAAAAUUUAUUAAAACAUUGUUUACCUAGAACAGCCUUUGAAAAGCUAAUGGCAGCACUAAUUAUCUCAAGUGGGUGUCUUAGUGUGGAAGGUAAUUAGAUUUACCUAUUGGCCAGAAAUGCAGUUUUGCUACCAAUAACCGAUUACUUUUUGCUUCCAUUUUGAAAUGGUAGACAGAAAAUAAACUCUUAAUGUCAAACAAUCUUGAAAUGGUAUCUGUUAGUUACCCAGGCAUUAGAAAAAGAGAAGUGUGUUUACUAUAUUUGGUAUCGAAGGAAAAUGCUGGCAAAACUACAAAAGCAACAUUGCAUUUCUGCACAAGUUGCCUGCUUUCAGCUUCAGCUGACAAAUAGUUAAACAGAAGCUACAGCCCUCCAUGAGGGUCACAGCAGCUUCCCGGUGGGGUGGAGAGGACAGGUUUAGCUCAGCUGGAGUGGAGUCACAAGGGCCACCUGCACUCCCUCCCUCUUCAGUGGCCUCUGCUCUCUCCACCUCUCCUCACCUGUGGA